AUGAUGCCCCGAAAACCUUCGAAGCUGAGGAACACGGCCAAGAUACCACCCAACUUCGAGCCCGCAGACCUCAAAUACCGCGACUUUGAGGGCUUGACGAAGGAGCCAGUUCCCGAAGAUUUCAUGAAGAAGCAUGGCAUCGAGACUGCCAAACAAGUCGUCUGGCGCUGCAUCCCCAUGGAGGAUGUGGAUCCGAACGGCAGCGACAUUGCAUCCAGGAACGGCCAGGCGCCUGUGGGCCUGGCCGUCCUUCCGUCGGGGCAGCUGACGGUGAGGAUGCCGGCCGAGCCGCCUUUGUACCAAAGCAUUGAGGAGACGGAUCCUGCCUUCGGCCUCUGCCAUCCGAGGCAUCCAUGCAAGGACAUGGCAAAGAAGAUCCUCAAGGACCCAGCAGGAGUGCCCUACUGGGUCAUCACAUCACAGGGAGGCAAGCCGGACGAAGUCAUGGAUUCUGGCCCUGUUAGCCAGAACGUCGGCGUAGUGAUGGCGUGUCAGAAGAAUGGCCAGAUGGAGCCGACUCCGGAACCCCCUACGCCUCCUGAGGUCGAAGUGUUUGCGCCCGGCCUGGCGGCGAUUCCCCGGCUCAUGAAAGGUGCCAGCUUCCUUUGA